UUCGAGGGCAGUAUGGUGUCCAGAGGAUGGAGCUUCUGCCCGGGGACCGGGAAAACUUGGCCAUCCAGACCCGAGGUGGCCCUGAGAAACACGAAGUGACCGGCUGGGUGCUCAUAUCUCCUCUGAGCAAGGAGGAUGCUGGAGAGUAUGAGUGCCACGCAUCAAAUGCCAAAGGAGAGGCAACAGCUUCUGCAAAAAUCCACGUUGUGGAAACUCUGCAUGAAAUAGCCCUGGCCAAAGAUGAUGGUGCAGAGCUGUGAUGUGAGGACUUGCACUUACACACACUUUUAAACGAGUGUUUUUGAAAGCAGCAACCUCUGGCUUUUUCUAGCUCACUAAGCAUUCCCUCUUAAUUCCCUUAUCCUUUGAUUACCAAUUUGCUUGCACACUUCUUUCACAGCUACACGAAUGAAGAGACUAACAAGUUUGAUUACAAAUUUUAAUUCUAUUUACAGGCAAUAAAGAUAACUUUGAACAGCA